AUGGCUGCGGAAGAUGCGGCCGUCCGGUCCCGAACCGGAGCCCCCUGCCUCUGUUUCUUCUUCUCUUUCUCCCACCUUUCUCCCCCGACACGCCUGCUCCUGCUCUGCCUCUCCGUCGGCUCUCUCCUCCCCUCUCCCGGCCUCUGCCUGCUCGGCUUUCGGCCGGAGGAGACGGGGGAAGCGCUGUCCGUGGAGGACGGGGUGCUGAAAGCCACCGAGGGGACCCGCUUCAUGCUGCGCGUGUACUACUCCACCUCCCCGCAGAGGCUCAACCGCACCGCGGGGUCCCGCGCCAACAACGCGGCGCCCUGGAUCGCCUUCAUCGAGGAGCCGACACCCGGGAGGGAGGGCCAGGUGCAUCCGAAACGGAACAUGUGCGUGGACAAGAGCGCCAGGACGUCCGACAUAGAGGUUUUGGGCUCUUUCAGGUCGGCGUCCAGCCAAAACUCGGUGCUGGUGGAGCUGCUGGCCAAGGCGCUGCGGAGGGGCGAGACGAUUAAGUACUACUCCAUGUGCGCGUUCGACGGCUCCAAAUGGGAGCACUACCGCACACGGGACUUCUGGGUCGCGGUGGCGGAGCGCUCGGAGGUCCCGGACCUCUGGCUGCAGGUGCUGGUGUCGGUUCUUCUGCUGGGGCUGUCGGCGCUGUUCAGCGGGCUGAACCUGAGCCUGCUGGCGCUGGACCCGGUGGAGCUGCAGGUCCUGCAGAACAGCGGCACGGACGCCGAGCAGAAGUACGCGCGGAAAAUCGAGUCGGUGCGCCGCCACGGGAACUACGUGCUGUGCACCCUGCUGCUGGGAAACGCGCUCAUGAACGCGUCCCUGGCGGUGUGGAUGUGCCAGAUCCUCGGCAUGACCUGGGUCUCCACCGUCAUCUGCGCCUUCGGCGUCUUCUUCGUCGGCGAGAUCCUGCCGCACUCGGUGGCCUCGCGCCACGGCUUGGCCAUCGCCUCCAGGACCAUCUGGGUGACCCGGGUGCUGAUGGUGCUCUCCUUCCCCAUUUCCUUCCCCAUCAGCAAACUGCUGGACCUCAUCCUCCACCAGGAGAUCUCCAACUUCUACACCCGGGAGAAACUGCUGGAGAUGCUGCGCAUCACCGAUCCCUACCACGACCUGGUGAAGGAGGAGCUCAACAUCAUCCAGGGCGCGCUGGAGCUCCGCACCAAGACCGUGGAGGAGGUGCUGACCCCGCUGACGGACUGCUUCAUGCUGGCCAGGGACGCCGUGCUGGACUUCAACACCAUGUCCGAGAUCAUGCAGAGCGGCUACACGCGCAUCCCGGUGUUUGAGAACGAGCGCUCCAACAUUGUGGACAUCCUGUUUGUGAAGGACCUGGCCUUUGUGGACCCGGACGACUGCACGUCGCUGAAAACCAUCACGCAGUUCUACAAACACCCACUACACUGUGUCUUCAAUGACACCAAACUGGACGCCAUGCUGGAGGAGUUCAAGAAAGGGAAGUCCCACCUGGCCAUCGUGCAGCGGGUGAACAAUGAAGGGGAAGGCGACCCGUUCUACGAAGUCAUGGGGAUCGUUACCCUGGAGGACGUCAUAGAGGAGAUCAUCAAAUCAGAGAUCCUGGAUGAAACCGACCUGUAUACUGAUAACCGCACCAAGCGUCGCGUCUCCCACCACGAGAGGAAGCUGCAGGACUUCUCCAUCUUCAAACUCUCCGAGAACGAGAUGAAAGUGAAGAUUUCCCCUCAGCUGCUGCUGGCCACACACCGCUUCCUGUCUACAGAGGUGGAGCCCUUUAAGCCGGCCUACCUAUCUGAGAAAAUCUUGCUGCGGCUGAUCAAGCACCCCAGUGUGGUCCAGGAGCUCAAGUUUGACGAGAAGAGCAAACGGGCACUGCAACAUUUCCUGUUCCAGCGCAACAAACCGGUGGACUUCUUCAUCCUGGUCCUCCAGGGCCGCGUGGAAGUGGAGUUUGGUAAAGAGGCCUUGAGGUUUGAGAAUGGAGCUUUUGCCUACUAUGGGGUGCCAGCCAUUACGCCAACAGUCCACAGAUCGCCCUCUCGCAGCAGUGGUCUGGACCGCUCUGACUCCAUGUUGUAUGGGGGCAGCAUGGGGCAGCUCAAUGGAGGAAUGGGGCUCUAUCUGCCCGACUACUCCGUUAGACAGCUCACAGACCUACAGAUAAUCAAGAUCACACGGAGCCACUACCAGAAUGCCCUGACAGCCACUCGGAUGGACAGCUCUCCCCAGACACCCGACGCAGACACCCGCACAGCCGAGGGCCACACACCGACCCCUGAGCCCCCCGCCCCGGGGUACACCGCCACCCUCAUGCCCCCCAGGGAACCGGCCCGGCCCGGCUCGGCCCAGACCCGAGGACAGCAUCCCAGCAUCCCACACAGUACGUCAGUGCUCAAUGAGAAGAACCGCAUCGUCCGCAGUAAGUCGGACGGCCAGAAGAGUCCCAGUGACUCAGUGUUUCUGAGGAUGGAUGAGAUCCCGUACAUCAGAGAGGACCGCUCCGAGAGCGACUCCACCCCUGGUACUCCCUCCGCUGCGCACCACACGGCGUGUACUUCAGCCAUGCAGUAUGAACGCUGCUAG